AUGGAAAAGCAAAAGCUCUCUGAAUUUAUCACAGAAUCAAAGCAGUUGAGUGCUGAAGAGAAGGUCAAGCUGCUCUUGAGUCUACAAGAAGGGGUCAAAGACAGCGGAGUGUCGCAGGAGCAGCCUUUGGAUGACAACCAACCGAAAGGUGAGACUUGCGCUCCAGCACACUCGGCAGCUGCCAAGCCGGCGGCCCGAGCAUCCAAGUCGGUACAGCGGCGGCCGAACCAGGACUACACCAAGCUAGAUGAUUUCCUUCCCCCUUCACAGUGGGAAGCGUUGGAACGCGCUUACUCCAGUCGCGACAAGGCAGAGGUGUUGGCGGAGUGUUGUUUUCGCAUGUUGGCGCUUCGCUUACCGACGGAGCUCACAUAUGGCGCAAUGGCUGGCAUUGUUGGUCUUUUGACGGGUUGCAUGGGCAACCAGUGGGCGCUGCAAUGUAUAUUGCAGGAAGUCAAGAGCGAAUGGAAAAAGGUUCGAGGUCGCCUGACACUGAGUGGCAAGUACCCAGAUCCGAAAGAACUUUUGCCAGUUUUGCCCCUCACAUUCGAGGAUCUACCCGCGUCCAUACGAGAGACCUUCGGCGAAGAGAGACCGGCUUUGCCGCGUCAGAGGUCGCUUGAUGUGGAUGCGAUCCGUCUGGCAGCUGCCAAGAUCCCUCUGAACUCUGGCGACGGCAGGCAGACGUUAAUGGCUUCACCGGAGACAGAGAAGCGGUCCACCGGGAACACGACCACGCCGCGCAAGGCGACGCUGCUGGCGAUCGAAAAUGGACCGUCCGCACCUACGGCCCCAGAGCAAGGUAUGCGGCCGCAGGGGGUUAGCCCUGUCAAACCACCUGAGCCAUCGAAGAUGCCGUCACACCAGUGUCCAGAGCAGCGUCUGCUAGAGGCUUUACGUGACGAGGACGCCGAGCCAUCUAGACAGAAAGAUGCGCAGGCCCAAGCGUUGACCUCUGCUAUGAUCACUGAGCUGGGCGGCCAGGGUACCGGGCAUGUCAUGAAACGUCCGGCCGCAUUGAAGCGACCGGUCUUCGAAGAAGCCGAAGACGAGCGGGACUAUCGUUGCAGAGUCCGCCGGUGA